CAUUCAUCAAGUAUGCCUAUGAUGGAAGACGGGGAUGAUACUGGUGUGGACAGUGAGGAGCAACCAUUAGAACAUAUUAUAGGGCACGAGAAAUCCGCAGCUGGCAUUUUGUGCUUGCUGAAAACUUGCCAUGGCAAUGAGGCUUCUAAUCUUCUGUUGACCAAGGAUGUGUUGGGUAGUGUUGCUACACUUGGGAAAGUGGAUGAUGACAAUCUCAGCAGGCUUCUCUCGGAGUACUUGGGUAUAGAAACUAUGUUGGCAGUUGUCUGCAAGACUUAUGAUGGUGUUAAAGCUCUGGAAACAAAUGAAAAUGAUGGUUCUGUAAGUAAAAGUUCUGGUCUUCACGGGCUUGGACCUUCCAUAGGGAGGCAUUUGGAUGGCCGUUUUCAAGUCAUUUGUCUUGAAAAUUUAAGACCAUUCCAUGGUGAGUUUUUGCAGAUCGUAUGUUCACGAGCUGAGAUUGAAGGGGAAAUUGGAAUGCAGCAGAUGGGUUUGCAAGCAUGUCUCAUGAGCCAAGCUCUGCGUAAAAUGUCUGGAAAUGAGUCCAAAAUUGGAUGUACUCGUAUUUUUCUGAAUCAAAUAAGACACAAGCUGGUGACAAUUUAA